AUCCCGGGGCGGGCGAGAUCCAUCCCAUCCCAUGAUCGACAAGAAGAGAGGUGAGCUCCAGAUCUUGGCCGCCACGGUCAUGGCUAGAUAGCACAGAGGGGGCCGGAGAAUGGUGCGAGAGAGCAGCGGAGCUCACUUCUACCGGCGCCUCAAAUCCGCCGCCUCUGCCGCCUCCUCUUGCCCUCUCCACAUCCUCCCCUCAACGGUGGACGCCGAUUCGGUGUGCGCGCUCAAGAUCUUUCGCUCCAUCCUCAACGCGGACAAUGUGCGCCACUCGGUGUUCCCAGUGUCGAGGAUGGCCGAUGUGGGCAGCCGUGCCGCGGCCAUCCAGGCGGAGGAGCCGCUGGUGGUGCUGCUCAUCAACUGGGGAGGCACCCAAGAUCUCCGGCGGCAGCUCAAGCUGGGGCCUAGGGUUCUUGUGUUUGUGGUGGACAGUCACAGGCCCAUCCACCUCAACAAUUGGAGUGAUCACAACCAGCAGGUAACCGUGCUCUAUGCCCGCGAGGAGGAGAUGGAGAGGGACAUUGUCUACGACUUUGAUGUGGGCUCCCUCGCGGAUUUCUCAUUUAUGACUGCUGCCAGCGAUGGUGAAGAAGACGAAGACGAGGAAGAAUCCGACGAUGAGGAGGAACUCGAUGGUGGUGGUGAUGGUGGUGGUGACAAGCACAAUAGCAUGAGGAAAAGGGGCAGGGACAGGGACAACUCUUCUGAUCACGCGGACAACUUGAGGAGAGAUAUGCGGAGACGGAAGAAAGACUACUACUCAACAGGGACGUUUCACGGGAGAGCUGCUGGGCGUCAAGUGUAUGAUAUCUCUCACGCCUUGCACAUCAACACCCACGAGCUUCUGUGGCUGGCAUGCGUCUCCCUCACGGACCAGUUUGUUCACGAAAGGCUCACCAUGGAGAGAUAUCAGUCGGGGGUCAUGGAGCUGGACACUUACGUCAAGACCUCCGGCAACUCGGAGAUGGUAACAAAGGUGACCAUGAAAGACGGGACCGUGGUUAAGGCGCCAGACAGGUCUCGCAUUACGAACGACGAGGAGCCACGGUUGAUGCUGCUCAGAGAGUGGACGCUGUAUGAUUCCAUGCUGUGUUCCUCGUACGUGGCCACCAAGCUCAAGACCUGGAGUGACGGGGGGCUUAAGAGGCUCAAGUUGCUGCUGGCCACCAUGGGGAUUGCGCUGGUGGAAGGCCAGCAGAAGUACGAGUAUAUGAGCGGAGAGACUCGACGCAGAAUGAAGGAGGAAUUCCAGAGGUCGUCACCGCAGUUUGGCCUGACCGACCUGUACUACCGUAGUUUCCAGAAGCUUCACGGAUACAGCUCCGAAGUAUCUGCGGCAGAUGUUGUCUACGGGCUCACAGCACUGCUCGAGGCAAGCUGCGAUGACCACGGCGGCCAGUUCAUGCGGGCGUAUUCGGCACUGGCGCCAAAGAGAUGGCAUGAGCUCCAGCAGGGAAUGGAACUAGCCAUCAAUGUCCAGCGUGCGAUACUGAGGCAGGGAAGCUUAGCGGUGACAAAGCAGGGAUUCGUAAAGAACACCAAGAUGUUCAGGUGGUUCAAGCUCGAGGAUGGUCACGACGUGGAGCUUCUUGCUCGUCCCAUGGCUCUCACCAAGCUCUGCUACUUCGUCAUGGACGCUCUCCGGGAGCAAGGUGCUCGGAGCAAGCCGCUCGUCUGCGCCAUUCGCUGUCCUCAAUCGGACAAGGCACUCGUGGUUGGCGUCUCACACAGGCUCCGGCUGGGAGCUCAGAUGGGGAACCGCUUUGGCUCCGUGUUCAAGACGGUGGCAGCCAACUUGGGUGUAGAUUUCCAGCAGGAUGGGUUCGACGCCGCGUGGAUCCAAACAGACGCGGCAUCCGUCGGUGCCUUCAUGACACAGCUCUCCGAGAACCUCCCCAAGUAACUCUUCCGGUUACUUCUUCGACCGAGGGCUCUGACAACACAGAUCACUAAAGAUACCAUUUUGUAACUCACAUUCUUCGGAAGUUGUAUCACAGGACACGAGCUUCUUCCUCUGUU